CGUCGCUAACGGCAGAAGAGGAGAGAGGCGCCACAAUGCGCCAGGCGCCGACUCCCGGGGAAGGCUGCGCCGGAGACUGAGGAGCGGAGGGGCUGCGCCUGGUCCAUGCAAGCGGCGGCGGGGAGCUCAGAGCGCAGGAGGCGCCGGCUCGGGAGAGACGGCAGCGGCGCGGGAGAGAGCCCUUCCCCUUCCCAGCUGCAGCGGCAGGAGGAUUAUUCUGCAAUGACUACAGCAAGAUACAGGCCUACUUGGGACUUGGUGCUUGAUCCUCUUGUAUCCUGUAAGCUCUGUCUUGGGGAAUAUCCUGUGGAACAGAUGACAAGGAUAGCCCAGUGCCAAUGCAUCUUUUGUACUCUGUGCCUGAAACAGUAUGUAGAGCUUUUGAUCAAGGAAGGUCUAGAAACUGCAAUUAGCUGCCCGGAUGCUGCCUGUCCAAAGCGAGGCCACUUACAAGAAAAUGAAAUCGAGUGCAUGGUUGCAUCAGAAAUCAUGCAGAGGUACAAGAAAUUACAGUUUGAAAGAGAGGUGCUCCUGGAUCCCUGUCGGACUUGGUGCCCAUCUUCAUCCUGCCAAGCAGUUUGCCAGCUUCAAGAAUCAGGACCUCAGAAUCCCCAGCUUGUACAAUGCCAAUCUUGUGACAUAGAAUUCUGUUCAGCGUGCAAAUCCAAUUGGCAUCCAGGGCAAGGUUGUCAAGAGAAUAUGCCCAUCAGCUUCCUUCCAGGGGAAACAAGCUCCGUGUUUAAAAUGGAAGAAGAUGAUGCUCCAAUAAAACGUUGCCCUAAAUGCAAGGUUUAUAUUGAACGGGAUGAAGGCUGUGCUCAAAUGAUGUGUAAAAACUGUAAACAUGCCUUUUGCUGGUACUGUUUGGAAUCACUUGAUGAUGACUUUCUCCUUAUACAUUAUGACAAAGGACCUUGCCGAAAUAAGCUGGGUCAUUCCAGAGCAUCAGUGAUUUGGCACAGAACACAGGUCGUGGGCAUCUUUGCAGGAUUUGGUCUACUGCUGUUAGUGGCUUCUCCUUUUCUUUUACUUGCCACACCAUUUGUUCUCUGCUGCAAGUGCAAAUGUAAUAAAGGAGACGAUGACCCUCUACCUACUUAGGUGGAGUGAAGAUGGGACUGGUUCUUUGCAGUAUGUUUCCCACCCCUUCUUGCACUUAACAUUGAUUUUAGCCUUACUUGACCCAAUCCUGACUUCAAACAGGACCUGAGGUGCCAUGAUCCAGCAGUUACCACACAGUUGCUUACCCUCGGUACCGAGUAGGCGUCUGGCAUUCCAGGUAUUCUGGUGUGUUUAGGGGCUGGCAUAAAACAAAACUGAGCAUCAGAAACGUGUGUGUAGGUAACACAGGUCAUUUCUCAUUGGCUUGGAGGCUUCUAUGGCAGACUUGGAGCUGUGUUUGUCUUUUCAUAAAAUGAAACAUUUCACAUAUCAGUUGCAUCAAAUUAAGAUGUCUUACUGCUAAACCUAUGUGUUUUCAGUAUCACUUGCCAUUUUAAUAUCAAUCGGUUCUAUAUUGACUCAUUAGGUCUCUGUUAUAAUUGCCAUUGGAAAAUAUCUCAACUCACCAAAUGUACACAGACAAUAAUAAUGGCAACCUACAUAAGUACAUAAAGACCAUCCAUUGCCUUUGGCUUUUCGAAAGACAAUAGAUUUGAUUGCUCCUGCUAACAUUUUUGGGAAAUUGUAUCAGUUGUUUUGCGUGAAUAUACUUUUUUAAAAAAAAUAUAAUGGUUUUUUUUUUCAGUGUUUGAGUUAUAACACAGACCUGUUAUCUAAUCAAAGCUGUUUUUAAAAUGUUGGAAUUAAUGACUGUUUUUCUGUUUUCUUUGCCUGGAAAUUCUUUCUUUGUUAGUUAGCUACUUUCUACAUCAAUAGGGCUACCUAACCAAUCCAGGUAUCUUUUCCUGUACAUAUUGAGAGCAUUCUAUUGAAAUCAAAAUAGGUGUUCUCCUAAAUAUUGUGAAGAUUCAAGGCAUGACACAUCUGUCAAUGACAGAUACUGAUAUAGUAAAUUAAGGGCAUGAUCCUUUCCUACUCUGGUACAGUUCUGUGCACAAGGAGGGCCAAUCACAGGGUUCAACUUUCUUCCUCCGCCUAACUGGCCUUUGGCAUGUACAAACACACACACUAACCACUACGCAAAAUGAGUCAUUCCUCAGACAUUCAUGCAAUUCUCUUGCUCUUUCUCCGUGUCCCAGUUCUGUAGCUGGACCCCCAGGCAGGACUAUGUUGACAUCCAGAUCUUGGAAGAGGAGGGGAAGGGCUCAGUGAUGGGCCUUCUUUUCUGCUUGAUGGCUGGGGCACACCAGACACCUUCUGGGGAGUGGGAAGAGAGCAUCUUUGAGCCUUGUGGCUGUCUAGUCCAACAAUACUGAACUGUACUUGUAGAGGGAAGGAUCAUGUUCCAAAGUACUGAAUUUGUUUAUAUUACUGUCAGCAGCUGCAUCCUAUUAACUAAGUAUGAAAACUACUAAACUUUUAUUUUUGCUUCAUCGAAUAAAAAUGCCUGCAGUGGUAAUAUGUAAAAUCUGUUAAACAUUAUAAAUAUCUAGUCCGUUUUCAAAUCAAUUAUAUCUCAUGGUGUAUGAAAAAACUGUGACAAUUAAGGUUUUUUUCCUUGAAAAAGUAUCCAUUUUCCAUUUUUAAUUUUGAUUGUUUUGCUGCUUUGUUUUUCUGUCUCUUAUAUGAUUUGAAGUGGGGUGCUUCUCCAGAGGGAGUCAAAUGUGAAAAUCUACAGAGUGGUGGAAAGUCAUAGCUGACCUAUGGCGACCUCUACUGGCGGUUUCAAGGCAGGACACUAUCAGAAGUGGUUUGUCAUUGCCUGCCUCUGCAACACUGGUCAUCUUUGGAGGUCCAGUUACUAACCAAGGCUGAUCCUGCUUAGCUUCCAAGAUCAGACGAGAUUGGGCUUGCUUGGGCUAACUAGAUCAGGGUGAAAAUCCACAUACUGUUGAUUUAAUAUUAUAUCUGAUGCCUGUUGGGGUAAAACUAUGAGCUAGCAAAAAGCAUAGAGGAAAGGUGAAAAUCUUUAGGUAGUGUGUACCGCUAGAAGGAACUUCAAGACAUAUAUGUGUCACAGUUGUGACUGAUAGAAGAGUUCCAUGUUUUUAAUACCUUCCGGAUCCUUGUUUUUUUUUCCCCCGGAGGCUUAGUCCACUGACUACAGAUCACCUUGUGUGAGUAAAAGGAAUCUGCUUUCUCCCCCUGCCCCCUUUUAAAACUAAAACACACCGUCAAUGGCUUGGAAAACUGUUACCUGGAUGCACCAGCAAAAGGAAGCAUGAUAUGUCUGCUCCCAAUUAGACAGACUGCUACAUCUUAAUCUGCUUCCCUGCUUGUACAGCAAUCAACAGUAUGGGCACAGUCACUUUGCAAGUGAGUAAGCAGAGAUCAGCCAGAACCAAAGGAGCCUGGGAAUGUAGGCGUCACUUUCAUUCUCUCUGGCUACACUAGUUUGUCCGUUCUAAUCUAGGUGUGCAGAAGAAUCUUCAAGGGCAUUCUGUUGAUCUGACAGCAUCAUAUUUACAACAAAUCUGUAAACUUUUACUAAGCAAAAUGGCAUUUCUGUCAGAUUGUUGUUUCAGGCCCUUUAUUUGGAAGAUGAGUUUAUAUAAUCUCAGAGAGGAUAGUCAAAAUUUUGACUGGUAUGCUUUAAUUAGAAUAAAAGGUUCUUAAUGCUGUACUAUGUUUUAAAAUCACUUUCGUAUUCUACAUAUCGGAUAUAAGUACUCUGUGUUUUAAGUUUGGGGCCUUGCUUUUCAACUAGUAAAUGGCUAUUUGUUGGCAACUGCCUUACUUGUUAACAUGUUCUGACAAUGACAGUAUUUAUGCUGACAUGAAAGAGUAAUUAGCGUGAUCUAAAUUAAACAGAAUUUUGAAGCCUCUGGGAACACCACACAGACACGCACACAUUUUUGUUGCAAUUCUGAUUUGUUACCAGAUCAAAACUGAAUUUUGGCUCCUGAUACCCUUUGUAUUUUACUUCUGUGCUGUUUCUUGCUUUGGUUACAUUGCCUUAAGUCCUCUUUUAAUGGAGGGUUAUAUAAUUCUUAUAUCUGUCUUGACUGACAUUUCAUCUCAAGGGCUUUGAGGCUUGUUUCCUGGACUACUCAGUUCUGCCCUCACUGAAAUGAAAAACAUUCUGCUUACUUGAGUGGCUCUCCAACUGAGCUGUGAAUGUCUUCACGUAGCACUCCAAACCUUAUUUUAUCCAAACCUUUGUUUGCCCAUCUGUAAACAAAUUCUGUUUUGCAGAGAUGGUUUUGAUUAAUCAUUCAGAAUUGGGGGAACCUUUCAGUUACUUUCAGCUUGAGUCCUUGUACCGUGCAAAGCUCUCAUUGUUCUAAAGACAAUUUCAGAUAAGGUGUAUCCCAGGAACAAUUUGGACCAGUUCUUUUUAUAUACACACACACACACACACAUACACACACACAAUGGUUGGCACAAAUAGCUUUCUACCUGGAAGCAGAGCAACACAAACCUUGCAUGUGGAUCUAAAGAGAAAAGAUAAUGUACGAUUCAUUAAAAAAAAAGCCCACUUGUGACAUAAGAAUAAAUAAGUAGGUUGUUUUUAGGGAAGUUUAUGAAAUUUUUCAUGUCUGAAUUUGGGGCUUCCGACCUACUAAAGGUCAAAUAUAAUACCAUCAAUGUGUUCAUAGUCCACCAUUCUUUUGUGUUUUGAUUUCCAAAUUGUUCAACUUGCUGAGCAUGUGCAGUUCAUCACAGUUCUCAGUUUUUGUCUUUCCCCCCUUCCUUAUCAGGUACCAAGUGUACGUGCACGUUGUGUAUUUUUUUUUAAGUACUAAAAGAAGUCUUGACACGAAGCUGAGAUUGUAUCAAGCACCUUUCGGGGUAGCAUUUUAGUCAGUGUGCAGCAAUGAACCAUGCCUUGGUAACCUGUAAGAGAAGACACUGAACUGACAGCUGUGACAGAUCACACAUGUACCAAUUACAUUUUUUUAGAAUUAAGCAGGAAAGCACGUAGAACAGAGUGUAGUGGUCAGGCAACCUGUCAUACAACAGUGAAAUGGAAUAGUUAUAUCUGCACUGUAUCAAAAUGUUUCUUUGACUUAUAAAGUUUAUCAACAGGAAGCCUUCUCGAUAAUGUACCAUAUAGCUAAUAAUACUUACAAAAGACCCUAUAGACUAGUUUUAUAAAGCUAGAUGUGAUGGCUAACCUUACUGAAGAUGGACAGAAAUGGAGCUGGUUGUUGCUGCUGAUGGCAAUAAAGAUAAAGGCCUGCUUUCGUGCUUAUGUACAGUUGCCCUUCAACAAAGUAAAAACCUGCCGUUUCCAGUCAAUGGGUGGUGGUGGUUCUUGCUUUGUUGUAUACGCAUCUCUUUUACAGAGUUCCGGGAACAUUAGGUACCAGUAUCUGCUGUAAAACUGAAACUUCUUUGCUCAUUUUACCAUGGAUAUGUUUUUAACCUUGUCUAGAGCAGCAUGGAGAAAUCACGCAUAUGUAUAAAUGACGUAUUUGACUAGUGUAUAAAAAAAAAUUGUUUCUGUAUUUGAAAUGUAACUACAUUUUUGUGCCACUAACACUGUGAUGUAUAAAAGAGCUGUUGGAUGCCUUUGAAUGUUGUUUUGUACUUUGAACCAUACUGAAGAGUUUUAUUUGUAAUUUCAAUAGAUAUUUUAAAUGA